GUGAUCCUGGUGAGCUCGUCCAUUAACGAGCGGGACCAGUUGCUGUUCAUCAGUACAGACGAGGGCUCCUCUUUCCAGCGCCAGCCCCUCUCCUUCACUGCUGAGACCCUCCUCUUCCACCCUAAGGAGGAGGACAAGGUGCUGGCUUACUGCAAGGAGGGCAAGCUCUAUGUGUCCAUGGAUUUGGGCCGGAAGUGGACUCUAAUGCAGGAACGAGUAACCAAGGGCAGAAUAUUCUGGUCUGUGGCUGAUGUAGAUGUGGACCCUGACUUGGUGCAUAUGGAGAUGCAGGACACAAGUGGAGGGUACCUGUAUGUCACCUGUCUGAUCCAGAACUGCUCAGACAAGACCGUAACGGCUCAGUUCCUGGGGAAGAUUGACCACAACUCUCUCUCAGUCCAGGAAGACUACAUCUUUGUCAAGGUGACCACAGGAAACCGCACCAAGCACUACGUCUCAUACCGACGGAACGAGUUUGUCCAGAUGAGUUUCCCUAAAUACGCCCUACCAAAGGACGUCCACAUAGUGAGUACGGAUGAGAGCCAGGUGUUCCUGGCCCUGCAGGAGUGGUACCAGACAGACAGCUACAACCUGUACCAGUCGGACCCGCAGGGCGUCUACUACUCCAUCGUGCUGGAGAACGUCCGCAGCGCCAAGCAGCCGGAGGAGAGCGUCCUUAUAGACAUACUGGAGGUGCGCGGGAUCAAGGGGGUCUUCCUGGCCAAUCAGAAGGUGGAUGGCAAAGUGCGGACUCUCAUCACCUAUAACAAAGGCCGAGACUGGGAACCGCUAGCCCCGCCUACUACUGACAUGAACGGCAAACCGGUCAACUGCAAAUCACCUGACUGUCACCUCCACCUCCACCUGCGCUGGGCUGACAACCCCUACGUAUCAGGGACCGUCCACACCAAAGACUCCGCCCCCGGACUCAUCAUGGGCGCAGGUAACUUGGGUUCCCAGCUGGUGGAGUAUAAAGAAGAGAUGUACAUCACCUCUGACUGUGGGAAGACCUGGAGGCAGGUGUUUGAGGAGGAGCAUCACAUCCUGUACCUGGACCAUGGAGGGGUCAUCGUUGCCAUCAAAGACACCUCCAUCCCUCUCAAAAUACUCAAGUUCAGUAUUGAUGAGGGACGCACCUGGACCAUCCACACCUUCACAAGCACCUCAGUGUUCGUGGACGGACUUUUGAGCGAGCCGGGAGAUGAGACGUUGGUCAUGACGUGAGUGUGCCCUGGAAUCUUCCAGAAUCCUCUAUGGAGCUAUAUACAGUCGUUUGGAAAGGGAAUUAUGAGAUUUGCAGUCUGAGAAUAGGCCCCAUUUCAAGGACACCUCUUCUCCAAAACUCUGCCAUUGGUGUAUUGCAACUCUCUCAACUAGUAACAAAGUAAUUGAUUGGUUUCUUAACACUAUCACCUUAACAUUGCGGUGUCUGAUUGGCUUGAGCCUAUUCUUCAGAUGAAAUGGCCAGGCGAUGAUUCCCCCAGGAGACAUUGAGAAUUGAUCCGGCAGUCUCAGUGACACCUCCUGCUGCUUAGCUCACACUCCUAGCCUGCUCUCCCUGCCUAAGUCCUGGCUCCUCUGCUUGCAAAUAAGCGGCUUAGUGAAGGAAUAAGGAUCAGCUGCCUCUCCAGGACUCAUAUUUUGCACCAGCAGGGUUUUCUCAUCUCCAAAAUUCACUCUCCAUUAGGUGGAGUGGAGCGCCCAAUUUUCCGUUUUUAUGACCCGGUCGUUUCCUCCAUGAUUUUCUUGAGGGGUUGAUUAGCCCAGUGAGGAAGAUGAUGGUGCAUGUGGAGAGAACGCUUCUUCUUUCACUCUUUCUCG